AUGGCAGAAGCAUUCAAAUUCAAAUUACUUCAAUCCACUCCUUACUAUGCUCAAGCUAAUGGACAGGCAGAAUCAAGUAACAAGGUGAUCAUCAACAUUAUUAGAAAAAUGCUUGAGAAAAAUCCAAAGCAAUGGCAUGAGAAGUUAUUAGAAACUCUGUGGGCAUAUAGGACUUCAAAGAGAGAAGCAACUGGCAUGGCCCCAUAUGCUCUAACUUAUGGUCAUGAUGCAAUUCUGCCUAUGGAAAUAGCAGUCCAAUUGCUCAGAAUUGCUCAACAACACAAUCUGACUGGAGAAGACUACUCUCAAGCCAUGUUGCUAGAACUGGAAGGAUUAGAUGCAAGUAGAAUUGAUACCCUCAACAAACUCUUAGCAAGAAAACAGGCUGUGUCAAGGGCUUACAAUAAAAGAGUUAAAAACAAGAGUUUUGAAGAGGGAGAGAUAUUCUGGAAAACAGUUCUCCCCUUGGAACACACAUAG